CGCCCAUCCACCCCGCCCCUCUCUCCCUCUCUCUCUCUCUCUCUCUCUCUCUCUCUCUCUCAUCGCCCACUGACAACAACAUUCACCUCUUUCUAGUCUAUUUGGAAAGUGAUCAUCCCCCAGCUUUUCCCUUCUCUCUCUGCGAUAUAUGCAUACAGAGCCAAAAGUUAGUAAACCUCUACUCAAACCUAAAACCAAUCUCUCCCCAUUAUAGAUCGCCACCCACAAGAAAUGCCUUCUAAUACUCCUAAAUCCUCACUCAUGCUCCAUCGGAUUAACAGCCCCGCAUCCAUCACCACCAACACAGCCGCCUGCCAGAAGCGGUGGUCCCCUCUAUCAUGCGCCACCCCGGUCCCAGAAACCGUCGCACGUUAUCACACCCAUGUCGUAGGCCCCAACCAGUGCUGCUCCGCCGCGGUACAGCAUAUCGCUGCCCCUGUCUCCACUGUGUGGUCCGUAGUCAGACGAUUCGAUAACCCUCAAGCUUACAAGCACUUUGUAAAGAGCUGUCACGUUAUUGUCGGAGAUGGAGACGUAGGCACCCUCCGAGAGGUCCACGUGGUCUCGGGACUUCCUGCAGCUAACAGCACGGAGCGUCUCGAAAUCCUGGACGACGAGCGCCACGUUAUCAGCUUCAGCGUGGUUGGUGGGGACCAUCGGCUGGUGAAUUACAAGUCUGUCACAACCCUCCACCCUUCUCCCGCGGGUAACGGCACCGUAGUAGUGGAAUCUUACGUAGUGGAUAUUCCUCCUGGCAACACGAAGGAGGAUACGUGUGUGUUUGUGGAGACCAUCGUUCGGUGCAACCUGCAGUCACUAAAUGAGAUCGCCGAGAACUUGGCCAGCCGCCAUAAAUCAUCAUUGUGAGUCAUAUUACAAUAUAAUACAGAUGAUCGUCUCAUAUAUAUAUAUAUAUAUAUAUAUAUAUAUAUAGUAGUGUUGAAAAUGAGAUGGCUUUGGUGAUACACAGUCGUUUUUGUUAUUACUAUCGGAUGUGAGUGUGCCAACGAAACUUGAACAACUAGUUUUCCUGUAAUAUUAGUGUUAUUUAUUGUCACUUUGAGUUUUUUUUUUUAA